AUGGAACACACGGUGGAGACACUCACCAACCACCAGCCGGCCGCCACGUUCGACAAUGCGAGCAUCUGGCACAACCUCACCUCCUGGACCUCGUUCAACGUUUCCAGAUACGCCCCUUCCCUGGAGGAUCUGAUCCUGGCCGGUCCUCGCAUGGUCAUGAAGCUCGGAAAGCUCGGCUCUUACAUUUCCUUCCCUGACGCCGUCGACUUCGGCCAGCGAGUUGUCCCCGACGCCACCGGCGCCGAUAUGUUUUCCACCACCUCCUCCGGCCCCGCCAGCAUCAUAUCCACCGGCUCCAACAUCGCCUCCGCCGCCCCCUCGAACCUAGCCGACCUAGACCCGACCGCUUCCGUAUAUCGGUUCUCUAUGGAGGGCGCAAAGGGCUUAGGUAGCGUCUUCAGCUACGCCACCAGCAAGUGGGCCCUCUGCUGCAUCGCCAUGGCAGUCGUUCUUAACAGGACACACAUUUUCGCCGCCACCCGCCGCCGCCUGAGACUCAAGUGGCACACCCGCCUGGCUCUGCGAAUCGCGCCUAUCGUUCUGUUUCUCAUACAAGCAAGGAGCAUACUGCAGUCCAUACAAUGUCAGACAUCUCCUGACUUCUCUGAGCUGCGGUGGGGGAACGCAAGCAAGAGUUCGGACCUGAUGUUCUCACAACAGAACGCGUUGCUGCAUGGGAUGAGCUCCACGUUACUGUUUGGCGCCACAGACGAGGAGUCGUGCUUGGCUGUGCAAAUGAUACCAUCAGGUUACGAGGAGUCACCAGAGCUCAAGGGCUCUUUAUCUCGGCUCUGGCCUCUGUUCGGUACCUUCUGUCUCAGUCAAGUCCUCGAGACCAUAUCGUGUGCCGUCCAAGGACGUCCAGUCUCCGCCGAGACGGGUAUGACACUCUUCGAGCAUUCCCUCGCAUUUGCCGAGGCCGACGCUGCAAUUAGCAAUCAGCUCGGCUGGGGUCUAUUCAGUUCUGGGGCCGCAAAUGCCACUGCCAAGGCGAGUGCUGGCGCGAACAUUGCCAUAAGUCGGUCGAUGAUCAUGAAAAGAGUCAACACCCCUCCUGAGGUCCUUCUUAUUGCCUUUUUCUCGGCGAUGAGCCACGUCACAAGCCACGUCCUUGGAGUCUUUGGCAAGCAGGCAAGAUUCCGCCUCAUCAGCACGGGGCUGUGGGCAUCGUGCUUCAUGGGAAGCAUCGUUUGGAGCGCCAUCACGUUCUCCUUGGAGGAUCCCGCCCGCCAGGGACUUCUCAGGUACCCCACUGUGUGUAUCAUCGGUUUCAUACCACACGUAUUGGUCUUGGUCGGCAUAAUAAUUUGCUUUACAAUCUAUUCCGUGGCCCUCGUGUUGUCUGCCCUAGCAACACCAGCAAAUGCGGAUGCGGAGCAGCCCUUGACGUUCAAACAGCGAGUUGCACUGGCGCACGCCAACAUGCAGGCGAACCUCUCGUUCUCUGACCUCCGGAUCACGAUGGAAAUGGACUUCUACACCGCACUGCUACGAACUGGGUUUGGUGCUAUCACCAUGGCGUCUGAAGCUGUCUACUUGAACGAAGACAGGCAUGUGGGCCUGAAGCGCACGACAUGGCUCGAGGAUGAGCGAUACCGAGAGAUUGAGGAAUUGAAAAUGAACUGGAUCAGCUCUGGUAUUCCAGGGUCACGAUAUGACUCAACUGGGGUCAUAGGCUUGGUCCCCGUUAAGGAUGGGCAGCUCAGGGCUACCAGUGGGUAUGCUCGUGAGAGAGCCGCGCAAAAGCUUUCGAAAUCUAGGGCUGGCGAGCGCCGCAGCAUGCGCGAUGGGGUUGGGGCGGCGGAGCGUAGUGGCCGCUGGCUACUAGCCCUGGACUACAUUAUGCACAUCAACAAGCUGGUUCUCACCACCUGGGCGAUGGCAGUAUGCAAGGUCCUCGCUUGUGUUGGCAUCCGAAACCCCCCAAAUUGGCUGAAGAACUGGUCGAGACUUCCAAAAUCCGGCCGACCAGAGGAGAAGCAUUCGAGGAGCAGCCGGCCGUACGAGGCCAUUAUCGCAGGAGAAGGGUCCAUCGGUCUCGCCGAGAUUCAUCGUGCUGACACCGUCGACGUGGAACAAGAGCUUCGACAGACUUAUAAUGACAAGGGAGCUUGGCCUGACGAGAGUGCGCGGGAGCGAUGGAUGGACAAUAGGCUGUAUCUCUGGUGGCUGUACGGAGGGUGGUGGGGAACCAAAGACAGGAGUGGCGACUAUAAGCCAGCAGCAGAGGAGGAGGACUCAGACUGGGAUGCCACUAGCGUAAUCACAGCAGCCGAGUCCGAAGCCUCAGCAAGUGAUGACAACGAAGACGAAUGGGAGGAUGACGAUGGCCAACGGACGCCUACCCAGCGGUCGCCGUAUACUUCCAGAGAGAGCACGCCGGUCUUUGAUAACCCCAUACAACCAUCCGACCUCGCUGCCCUUCUUCAUCCGCGCAGUUCCGAGGAGCGAAACCAAGCACGCGCUCUAGCCGCGCACCUCGGCUCGGACCGCAUCUUGACGCGCUCGGCCUACAGGCGGCUCGAGCAGUCUCAACGCUCACGCGUGAUCUUCCCCGGCCAGCACGCGCAUACUAUCAAGAAGAUGACAGCAGAGGAGGAAGCGGAGGUCCUGGAGCAGAUCUUACUCGAACGUCGAGCUGCGGCAGCUCCGGACGAUGGACCGGCCGGUACCACCGCCACCGCGGCGGGAUCGUGGGCUACGGGCGCGUCAGGCAUGGGGCCCGAUGGCCCUCAGUGCGUGGUGUGCCAUAGCUCGCCACGGACUAUUAUCGUGUGGCCGUGUCGAUGCCUCAGCCUGUGUGACGACUGCAGGGUCGCGCUCGCUAUGAACAACUUCGACAAGUGCGUCUGCUGUCGACGCGAGGUCAUCAGCUUCAGCCGGAUCUAUGUACCUUGA